AUGCGUGCACCAACAGAUUUCCAGAAACCGCCGGUGCCUUACAUCAAAGGCUGGAAGUUCACAGCUCAAUCUCACAUUUCUCCUCCUUCUACACCAGUGACCAGGGGCUGUUGCCAGAAUAAAGCAAAAGGCAGAAAGGAGAGAAGUACUCUCAACCCAGUUAAAAGGUGCUUGAAGCAUCCACCACUACUUGGCAAGACAGAACCAUACACUACUGACUUGGAGAUUCUUGAUUUAUUGAGAGUUGGAGAUGGCUGCAAUGCGCAAGUCUUUAAUGUAAAUAUCCUUGGAACACAAUCACUCUCAACUGGCAGUUACUUUCAACUGGCUGUAGCCAAAACUUAUGACCCUCUGUACUAUAAUAAGGAUGAAGGCUACCUGAACCCGUUUCUUUGUGUUGACAGGAACUAUACCCAUGAAGUCCAUGCAUACAACCUUCUCACUGAAUUUCAAGGUGACCUUGUACCCAAGUACGAGUCUUCCAGAAUCCAUCGCACAGUUCGACUGGUUCUCAUCGAAUAUAUCGAAGGCACCACAAUGCUUCAAGCCAAGCCAGGGAAGAUUCCGCGACAUGAGCGCCAGCAGAUCAUGAAAUCAAUCAUUGAUUUUGAAACGCGGAUCUACAAAAAGAUCGAUAUAGGGCUCAUGGAUCUAAGCCCGCAGAAUGUGAUUAUAAGACCUGACUCCCUUGUCUUUAUUGACUUUGAGCAUGCGGUAUUCAAUCACAAACCAGAUGAUCCAAUCGCUCAAAAAGUGGAUAUACUUCCUGGGCAGUAUAUUUCCCCACUUAUACGGUGGAAGAAAAAAAACCAUGGCCUUUGA